AUGAACGUCUGGACUUUGGACGACGAGCCGGUGGCUUCGAAGCCUCGAGUCAAGAAGGCUUGCUUCGCCGACGAAGUGGAAGUUGCGUCGACCUCGGGGUGGGGGGCCGAAUCGCAGUCUCAGAGCAGGAAGCAGCGAGGCAGGGUUGAGUUCUUGGUGGACGAACAGCAAGCCAGCGACGACGAAGAAGAUCGGGAUGAAACUCGCAAAGGAAGCGAUGCGAGCGCCACUACGGAGUUAACAAGUGCCAAGGCCAACGAAAUUAUUUCCGCCGAUGUGGUGCAGAAUCUCGCUGCGUCGAACCAGGGGCUGACUGUGCACCACCUCGUACGGGAGUUUUUGCUCAUGCACUGCCACGAAAACGUGGUAAAGAUGCUCGAUCAAGAACGGCCCAUGCCGCAGCUGGAUGAUGCAGAGAUUAAGCAGCUCGAUCAACGCUUAACCGACACGAGCGACAGUCGAGCAACAAACCCGACCGCGGGUCAAUCUCUGUUGGAGCGAUUCCUCGUGUGCUCAAACGAGGCGAAGAUAAGAGCAAGAGCGAAGCGUAAUGCUAAGGAGUCGUCCAGUAGCCGACGAAAGCCUGCACUGAACGUGAUCACCAGCAACUUGGAUAAACACGCUGACACGAUUUCGAGCGGCACUCCGCUUAACAGCCAAGUCAGCGGCGACUACAAUCGCCUCAACCACCCUGGAUCCACACCUCACCACCAGCCACAUGGGACAGUCAUCGGUGAGCCUGGGUCGACGCCGAUGGCUCGGGCAAAGGACUUGCGCGCGAUGGGAUUCGACGAUGUUGACGAGGAAGGCAACAAACUUUCCCCAGACCAGCCAACUGGGGCUGAUGGUGAUAAUGCUGAGCAGCUCUCUGCAUAUGCACUCCGGAAGCGCGCGUCAAGAUCGGGUCCGAAACGUGUCCAGCUUGGAAACCCUGGCAGUACUCCCACGAAAGAGUACAUCUUCUUCCGAGAAACUCCGCCGUCCUUCGUUACUGAAACGAUUGGGGAGGCAGUCGAAGUCUUCGAGAAACUGGGCAACGAUCCUGAAUUCGUGAAGCAAGCCACAGUCGUUGAGCGAUACAUUGAGCUCCAAAGCAGCGAGGUAUCCAAGUACACCGUGGGGCAGGCGGUCAGUGGACUGGGUGCGCAGUCAAACAUCAGCGGCGUUGUUUCGAAAGUUUACGGAUCAAGACUUUGCGGCACUGCUGGACCUGGAACCAUCGUAAUUGAUACUUGUCCUGAGGAGCCUGUAGCAAACAAUGCCUAG